CACCACCAACAAGAACAAAGUCCAUCACUUAAAACCCUAUCUUCUUUUUCGUUUCGGUGCGUUGUUGUUCGAUAUCGUAAUCGAUGGAGAAGGUGAUGAAGUUGGCAUCGGAGAGGCCGGUGGUGAUCUUCAGCAAGAGUUCGUGUUGCAUGUGUCAUACGAUCAAGACCCUUUUCUACGAAUUUGGAGCCAGCCCCGCUGUCUACGAGCUCGACGAGAUGCCUAGAGGACGUGAGCUUGAACAAGGUCUUCUGAGACUCGGUUGCAGCCCUUCGGUCCCGGCCGUGUUUAUCGGUGGAGAUCUCGUCGGCGGAGCCAACGAGGUCAUGAGCCUUCAUCUUAACCGAUCCUUGGUCCCGAUGCUCAGACGAGUCGGAGCCCUUUGGGUUUAAUCCGAGAAAACCUUACUAACUUGCUUGUCGAGGCAGUAAUAAAGUAUGUGAUGAGAUAUAAUAUGGUCACAUUAGGGUUUAAGCUCUAAUUAACUGUAGAAUGUAUGGAAAGACCGUUGUUUAUACGGCCUUUACCGAUGAACGGGAUGCUUUUUUGGUAAUAAAAUUUUCGAGUAACGUUAAUAUUU